UGGUUUUUUGAAGCCUUCCAUUACCUGAACAUGGCAUUUGAGCCUCAGUAUCUUGACUUAUUGCAAAUCUGGAUGGACUACGAACGCAAGACCGGCUGGCACAAUCCUCACAAAUUGGCUGGGUUCUCACCUGAAAAGCGGCCGUCCGUUUUGUUAGCUUGGAUGAAGAAUCGACCCCGACCCCUACCGAAAGUCGACACGAAAGGCUUCUUCACACCAAAGUUUGUCGAGAAUGUAUGGGCUUGGUGGGCUAGUCUUCAGCCUGAUUGGCGAUUGUUGGACAAGAAUGGGUUGCCAAUGCCCUUCGAAGAGUUUGGACAUGAUUUGUCUCCUCUUGACAAGCAUGGAAAAAAUGCAUGGGUUGGCUUGCUUGCUUGCCUCAAAUGGUGGAGA